AUGGUUGAAAGAGUUCUAGGCCAUAUUGCUUGGUUAUUGAAAGAGGUACAGAAAUCAGAUUCAGAUGUUACCAUAGGUAAUGAAAAAGCAGCUGUAGAGAUAAUUACAAAGAUUCUCUAUGAAAGGGAAUGUAAAUUAUUACCACUAAUUUGGGAAUUCGAAGAAUUUUGUGCACUUAUAGAAUUAGGAAACAGGCAAUUGAAACAUUUUUUUGAUGAACUAUAUAUAUCAACUAAUCUGUCAACAAAGAAUAAGGAUACGAUGAAAAAAACACCUAAUUUAACAAUUGAUACUCUGGCGAUACUAGAUUUAUCAAUGACAUCUUAUACUAUUUCUUAUCAUAAUUAUGCUGUAUUUAAAAAACAACCAAUGACUGUGAAAUCAAAGCUUUCAGAAAAUGCAAAUAAUGCUAUGAUUUUAAAUAUUGACGAUUAUUAUAGCAUUCAUACUAAAAGAAUACCUAACAUAGUUAUAACAUCAACUGCAGCACAUCUCACUACUGUUUUACUUAAUCUGAUAAAAAAUGAACUGGUAAUACCAAAGUGA